UUUAAUCACCUUGAGCAAAUUGAUUUUGACAGUUGCCUUUUUAAUAGACGUGAGCGUUGGAAGCCGACAAAUUUUCCUUGGAAAAAGCAAAUUUUCGAAAAGUCAGUGGUUGCCACAUAAUUUUGUAGUUGAGAGCGGCGAGCAUUGCGGAACUUGCGUCGAUUUGCCGAGCGUUACGGAUAUGUAAAGUGUUGACAAUACGUUUCUGGUUUUCCCUCCAAAUAUUUUUUCCAUCAGAACUUAAUAUGCCUUUGCUGAGGAAGCAAGUGUUUGAAAGGCAAGCUUUGCCUGAGUAUCUUAGAGAUGACGAAGAGGUGUUUUAUUGCGAAAUUACCAAUGAAAUAUUUAGAGAUUAUCAGGAUUUUUCUGAAAGGAUGUUCCUUUGCAACUCAAUGGUGUGGACAUGUUCCUUGACCGGGAAAUCACAUUUGACCUACCAGGAAGCCAUGGAAAGUGAAGAACACGCCAAACAGAGCCUUAAAGAGUUUCCAAAUGAGCUUAAGUUGCCUAUACUUUAUUUGGCUUCUCUCACGAAGAGGACUAGUUUUGGUGAUAUGGCAGAAGACGUGUAUUUGUACGCAAAGGACAGACAUUUUGUAGGAGAAAAUGUUGAAACCACCUUUGGGUCGAAUAAAUGGAAAGAUUGUCAAAUUCUUUCUGUCGUAUGUCCAAAAGGAGUUGAAGUUAAACCAGACUUCAAAAAUGGUUCCAGCCCAGAACGCCAUUUUGUACCCUCAGCUUCGUCAUACAAAUACGAAAUCGAACAUCUAGAUUCAGAAGACAAAGACAUAAGUGAAAUUAUGAUAGUAAACAGCGGCGAAUUAAGAAGAAAAAAACAAUAUUUCACCAGGGAGAAAUGCAAGCUAUUUUUGAAGCAGUGCAUCCAACAAGAUGAACAGGGUAUAUUUACGUUAAAGCAAGAUAUCCUCGAACAAUUCUCCCUAAAAAGUGUUAGGUGGGAGCAUGUGUUUGAUGGUCCGUUGCCCAACUUUCAGACUUCGAAGAAAUUGGAGAAAACAACCAACGGCUUAAAAAAAAAACAAAAGCAGGAGACCCUGACAAAGUAUCUGAAGAGGAACGGUCUGACGAUGAAGGGGGACGGCGAGAAAGACAAUAACGUGAAAAGGGGUAAUUUGCUGGAGCAGAUGAAAAAAAGGGAGGAGGAGUUCAAAAUCAAGAAGCAAAUGAACGACGAACAAAAGGCGGCGAUAAGGGAGGAGAAGAAAUACCAAUCGAACGUGUUGGAGCAGCAAGUCAAAAUGUGGAUGGCCCGCAAGGAAGAUCUGGAGUUGGAAGAUCAAGUCAAAUUGCCGGUGGGAGCGCCGGUCAACAUGAAAAUUCCUGACUUGUAUUUCGGCGACGUCCUUUCCAUAAUGGAAUUCCUUCAUACGUUCUCUUCGUUUCUCUCUGUCGAAGAUUUUUUUCCCCAAGGCUUCACGUUGGACGUCAUGGAGCGGGCUUUGUGUAAAGUGGAGAUAGCUGGGCCGUUCGCAGACGCGGUUCUCAUGUUGCUGACUGCCAUUUUCAAUUUGCAAGAAGUGGAAAACAGUAAUUAUAGCACGCCGGUCGAAAAUAUCAAAGACGAAGAAAACUUACCCGUGAGUCCAAAAGAUUUGCGAGAAGCUGCGCUUGUCGCGACCCUGGCUGCGAAAAACCAAAAGAAAUGCUACGGGGUUUCUUCAAAUAAACUGCCCGUUCACAAUCUGACGUUGUCAGAGGUGCUCCGCUUACACCUUUUAACUUCCGGCGCCCGGUUACACUACUCGGGCACCAGGUGGCGGUCCGCUUUGCGAGGCGGUUAUGCGAGCGAAGACGACCCCGCCCUUCACCUAAUGAUAAACGAAGGCCAUAUUUUAAAAAAUUUAGCUGUUCGAAACGUGGUGCAAUUUCCCAUCGGCGACAAGGUGAAAAUCCUUUCAUGUCUGACGAAUCAACUGCUGACGUACACUGAUCUGAGAGAAACACUCGACGAGAAGAUCGAGAAAGCCAAAAAAAGCAAGUUCCUGCUGAAAACGAAAAAAGCACUGGAAUCGAAAAGGGUCCAUAAAUACAUCACUGAUAAGAAGGACCUGAGGAACCAACUGAAGGGCGAUAAGGUGGCGUUGGACGAGGCCCUGCUGAAGUUGCAAGAGGACAACGAGAUCAAGCAGGCGAAGGCGGCUAACAAAAUAAGACAGUUGCUGAUCGCGUCCAGCGAUUGGCGCCCUCUAUUGGGAAGAGAUCGGGCGUAUCGUCAGUAUCUCAGAAUAGAAUCGGUUCCCGGACUAUUUAUUAAUUGGGAAGACGAGCUUGCGGGUCACUGUCUCGACAAAGUUACCGUCCAGUAUCCGGAGCUAGUGAACGCGAACAGAUCUCAAAUUAGGAGUCACAUUAAAAAAACGCACGGUUUAAAUGGCGACAAAGAAAAUACGCCUUCUCCAAAAAAAAUCAACGGCGCUAGAAGCGUGCUAGAAGACAACCAGGCAAGCUUGCUGAUGUGCACGGCGAACGUUUCGACCUGCCCUGUACAUAACGUCGGUUCGAAACGCGUGAAGUGGUCGUUUUUACACGAUAAAGAGCAACUGUUCGAUCUUAUCAAGUCCUUAAACAAGAGAGGCAUCAGAGAGAGUAAUCUCAAAGAGUACGUUUGCGGGUACGAGAGUAAUUUGGUGAAUUUAAUUGAAAAAACGCCGGUGGCCAUUUUGAAUCCCGAACUCGAUAUCGAGCGGGGGAAAAAGGAAACUGACGAAGGAAUUGAGGUGAACGGACAUUGCGAUCCGGAAUCGCGACCCGAAGAUGCGUUUGAAGAAUUGCUUUUGGAACAUAUAUUAGAUAUGGAACUGAAAAUUAAUCAAUGCAAAUUAUCCGGAACCGUAGGUAUAUUAGGCAGAGAGCAGUGGAGGAAUUGUCUAAAGGACAGAGACUAUGAUAGGUUCGAGGUAUUGUGGCAAGAAGAGGUUAUGAAAUCCCGCUUGGAUUUUUCCAUAAUGAAUAAAGAUAAACAGGAGAACGAUUCGAGUGAGAAGCAUUUAAAAUUGGAGGAAAAUGAAUCCCUAGUUAAAACCGAGAGCUUGGAAUAUCUGUCAGACGUCUCGGCGUCUAAAGUCAAGAAAGUAAUACGUUCCCUUGCCUGCGCCCUACUGAGGUUGGCUUACUGCAUUCCCGCUAAAUACUUGAAGCAACCAUUGGGCAACGCUGAUCAUAAGAACAACAAAGCCACCGACGUGCACAACAGUUUGGCCAAUUGGGAGGAAUCGGUGCGAAUCGCUACGAGUUUUAGUCAAAUGUUCCUACUGUACGAUACUCUUGAUUCUUGCAUAGUGUGGCCGAAAUUGUAUACGCAGCGACGGUGUCAAAUUUGUCGAAGAGAAAACGCCUCCGAUUCCAUUUUGAAAUGCGACGGCUGCAAUCUUGUACAACAUAUGGCCUGUCUCAAAUCGUCCAAAAUGUCCAUACGUUCGAGGACUAACUGGUUUUGUGAUAAAUGUAAAAUAAAAGCGAAAUUAUUGGGUAAUAAACCGGCCCAGAAGCCGAAAGAAGAGAUCUUUCUAGCGGACGAGGAGGAAGAGGAAGAGAACGUCGAAGAGGAGAGCUCGAAAAGUGAGGAUGAAAGCGAUGCGGACGUUAAAAUAGACCUUUGCAAAACGUGCGGUUCGGGCGGUGAAAUCAUAACCUGCGACGAAUGUUCGAUCGGUUAUCAUAAGGAAUGCGUCGAUCCGCCUUUAAGGAGAUUUCCCAGGCAUGGUUGGACUUGUACCAGCUGUAGUAACCUUACCAAGCAGGACGUCCGCACCAGGGACAAGCUUCAUCGAAACGGCUAUUAUAAAGAAACAGAUAAAUAUGGCAGCGCAGCGGAAUUACCUAGAUCGCACAAUGGUCAGAGACGCUGCGCUGCAAAAGCCAUUCGUAACAUCCAUUUAUUCGUCAAGACUCUGCAUAGGAAAAGCGAAAGCUACUGGCGACAAGAUUCCGGGGAUGAAUUUAACAAAAGCAGCAGUCGAAGGGCUAAUAAGGGGGUACGGCGGGAAGACGCAAGGGAAGAUCUGCCUUUGAACAAUGCUGCCCUUCAAGAUCUUCUCGCCGAAGUCAUGAAGCAUAAGGAUGCGUGGCCGUUCGUUAGGAAAGUUCAAAAAAAUGAGGUACCUGAUUACUUUGACAUCAUUACGAAUCCGAUGGAUUUUGGCACGAUUAAAAAUAAACUAAACAUGGGCGAAUACAGUACGGACAGCCAAGUCAUGAAGGAUAUCGCUCUUAUUUUCGAGAACUGCAAUACUUACAACAGCAGUUCCGAUGAAGUGUACAAAUGUGGGGAAAAGCUUUUAAAUUAUGUUUCGACGCAGGCAAAGAAGUACGGUUUCAAAGUUCCGAGGUUAUCGAACCAGGACGAGCCACGAGUCAAAAAGCGUAGAUACGAAUAGUAACGGUGGCAGCACGUCGAAAUUAGGGAGGAACCUAUUUUUUUAUACGCCACCGAAAACUCACCCGCUUCGUUUCGUAUUUGUACAUAUCUUUUUUUACUGAUUUUUCAAUUUGGUGUACCAUAUUUUGUUCCAUGAACGUCUUACAGCGCUGAUCUAGCAAUUAAAACACACCUUUAUAUUUGAA